AAAUAUUUAGGAGAAUACCUGACUUACAUUAUCAUCACCUUCAUUCCAUGUAAUGCCAGAACUCAAUGUGAUUUAAUACCUAGUACCUAUUGAGUGCUCAGGUACCCUACCUAGGUAUAGAAGAACCUUGAAGUCUUCCAAUGUCAAAUGCUUAUGUCGUACACAUAUAUAUAUCUUUUAUAAUAUCAUCUACGGAUAUUAAUACAGAGUAUACAUAUACGAAGUACUAACCUAAUACUAUAUUGCGCCUAAAGGAGAAAAAGAUACAAGAUGUCUGAAGAGCUUCGGGAUGAGGUUGAAGCAAUCAACUCGAUAUAUGGCGAUGGCUGUUUGGUACCCUCAAACGACGAAAAUAUUUAUAUACUAAAACCCCCGAGCGAAUCAGCAUCCCUCCGUAUCGAGUUCCCUCCCACCUAUCCCGCAGUGCCUCCUGUCGUUCUUGGUACUAAUAGUACUGGUGAGCAUGGAAAGCGAGGUGAUGCGGCGCGAGAAUUAUCUUUUUUCUGUGAGGCCUUGAGCAGCGUUUACGAACCAGGAGCUGUCUGCCUUUUCGAUACCAUAGAGGAGUUAACUCGGCUUCUGGAGUCUUCAGCCACAGAAGAUACCGACCCCCAUGACGCUGUCCCUGAAGAAGAAGAAGAGGCUACGGAUGUUGUACCUCGUAAUAGAUCCGCAGCAGAAGCUCAUGCCUCUAACAUACCAGAGCCUCCAUGGGUGCUAUCAGAUCUUUUUAUUGAGUUGAAAUCAACAUUUGUUGCCCGAUGUGCCCCUGUCUCGUCAACGGAAGAAGCCGAGGCGUUUGUUCAACAUCUACUGUCCACUGACAAGAAGGUUCGAACGGCCACGCACAACAUCACAGCGUGGCGCAUAAAGGGGCCGAACAACACUACGUUUCAAGACUGUGACGAUGACGGCGAGACUGCUGCUGGGGGUCGUUUGCUACAUCUAAUGCAACUGAUGGACCUCUGGAAUGUCAUGGUGAUUGUUACCCGAUGGUACGGUGGACAUAAACUGGGCCCUCGCCGGUUUGCCCUAAUAAACCAAACUGCGAGAGAUGCAUUCGUCAAAGCUGGCCUUGUGUCUGAAAAUACGAACAAGAAGAAAGCUUCGGGCAAGACUUAAAGAGGAUAUUCGGGACAGUGCUAAAGACUACCACAUAUCGCACUGUGGCUCAAAGCAGCCUCGGUUCUCCACGCCGUCCCCAACAUUGAACUACAUGUGGCGUAUAUGUAUUGGCAACAUCUCCAACAUCAACUUACAUC